UCUAGCGUUAUUAUAACUGAAUGGUUACCGGCAAUUUACAAACACGAAAAUGAAGGCCGCUAGUAUAAGUAUUUUAGUGUUUGCGUUAUAUGCGGCGUCAAACUGUGCGAUUGCGUUCACUGAUAGCAGCGCAUCGGAGAGCGGAAUUUGCUCAGUAUACGAUCCUUCUGAAAGCAAGGAACUGAUACUAAGCAAAGAUGAGCUCAACGCCACUUUCGCAUUAAUGUCCAUUCACCAUCCAUGGGAGAAGUUUUUCAUAGCCGCUCCGGCUGCCAUCGCACUCCUUGGCCAGUUGACAGUUUUGGGAGGUCAGAAGGACUUUCGCAUCAAUGACCGGCCACCGAAGGGUGACUUCAAACUAAUUCGCAAUCCAGAGUCAUUUCGUGCAACAAUGGCACAGGUGAGCCACGAUGGUUGGAACAGCUUCAGCGUCGCCCACCGCAAUAUGGACAUGAUCCAGCUGAACAUGCUGGCCAUUCCGCGACGCGUUCAGACCGUCGUCAAGAUCAUGCAGAAGUUUUCACCGGCAAUGAUCCAGCGCAUGCUACCGAUUUCCCUCAACGGAAUAAAAGAGAUCAGCCAACUGUGUGUGACCUUAUCCAGAGACACGGAAGGGGAAUUUCGGAAGGUCAUGGCGCUGUUACAGGAAGUGGUCGAGGCUACACAGAGCAGCCGCGGUUUGUAUGACGAAAAGGAGCAGCAGUCCAUCGCAGAAUAUAAUGCAUCCCUGGUGCAACGGGACCAUUUCGAAAAGAAGCAACAAGCGUAUCGUCUGAACCAAGCCGAGAUUAAUAGAAAGGUUAAUGAGUAUGAGCAGCGUUAUAAGCACGCACUGGAUUCGAUUCCCACCGGAUGGACAAAGGUCAAAAUGGAAAUCACCAAGGCCGUGGUAGGCGCCGUUGCUAGCGUCAUCAGGGCCGUUCCCUCGAUGUUAGGUGAUGUCACCUCGGUGUUAAGACCACGUGGCGUCGUCAACAGCGCCGAUGCAGCCGCCCACGGCGCCCAGACGGGGACUGCCAAAAAAUCAGAUGUGGAAACGGCUCUGGAACGAAGCACGCUGGGUCAGCAAGCGUAUCUUCUGAUCGGAAUCCUGGAUAAACUUGCAGCAGACUUGACGGGGAAUGAUACGAAUUUCAACGACCUUGCAUCCCAACUCAACGUCAUCGGACGCUUGAUGCCGCAUUUAACCGUCGAUCCGGCAUUUACGGUCUUCAGCAGCCUGUUCAACCGGGUUAAAAAUAUCAUCCAGCGGCUUGUUGACCUCACGUCGGGGCUACAGAGGGAGCAGUUUGAGGCAGCCAAGCAGUCCAUAGCUAGCGAAGUUAACAAUAUCAAAUCGCAGGUCGAACCGCUGAUAAAUGCGAGAAAUCCCAAGACUGGUCCUGCGGCGCCCAGCGUAGACGGGCAGAUCAGCGGAGCAGACGAGCUGGCUCAGGCUAACUCUUACCAACAAUGGAUGAGAUAUCAUCAGCAGCGAGCCGAUCAGAAUUUCCAGGACCUUAUGAAGAAUCACGACAUGCUAGCGGAGGUUAUGGUUAAGAUGGCGCGACUCAAUGUGGACCGGAUCGAGUUUGCCGAAAUCCUGGCGAUCAUCCGUGAAAGUGUGGUCAUACUGGGACAAAUCCAGACCCACUGGAGCAAAUUGACGGAAUUCUUCGCCGCCAUGGCCGUCCGCACGGAAUUCGCUGCCAACCAGACCAUUAAUCCGUUUCUGCAGAAUGUGCACGGUUUACUGCAAGAAUCGAAUACGACGAUGGAAGAUCGUGACCUGGUUAUGCAGCUAAUUCUGCAGCCGUUGGUGCGUGAUAUUCAGAUGGCGGCGCACUUCAUUCACGCUGUCAGCAAAACCUACGUCCAAGUGUCCUCAGCCUACAUCAUGGAUCAGCUGGCCGGUAUGGCCGGUCUGUCGGUCCUGCCAGCCGGGCAACGCCAAUCGAAAAUACAGGAGCUGCUGACAAAAAGCAAGGAUGCCGAGCAGGCUAUCUUCCAGAUGGCACGCGAGAAACGCCUGGCGUAUACUAAUCAGGUCGCUUUGCUGGCUCAGGGGCAAUGCUGAAACCGCUGCCUUUUAUCAGACGUUGGGCUUGUGACCUUUACAAGCUAUAUUUUAGUCGUAUCUUUUCCGGUCAUCGGCUGAAUUUUUUUAAAGCGCAGUUUGUGUUGCUAGUUUAUUCUGCAGCGUGAAUUUAUGAGAUAAUUUUGACAAACGUUGCUGUUUCAGUUUUUUGGUUUUUAGAAAAUGCAGUUUCUACUAUAAAAAUUAAAAAUAAAUAAC